AUGAACUACGCGGGCAUGAACUACGCGGACAGAGGAGGUAUGAACGCCGCGGGCAGCAGCAGCAUGUCGCCACGGCCGGGCACGGACUGGGGCCCCAUUAUCGUGGCGGUGAUCCUCUUCGUGGUGCUCUCGCCGGGCCUGCUGUUCCAGCUCCCCUCGCGGACGCGGGUCGUCGAGUUCGGCAACAUGGCCACCAGCGCCAUCGCCAUCCUCGUCCACGCCGUCAUCUUCUUCUGCCUCCUCACCAUCUUCGUCGUCGCCAUCGGCAUCCACGUCUACGCCGCGUAG